AUGGAAACCCAAGUCAAUUAAGAUAUAUCUAAGCUUGGAUUUUGUGAUCUGCACAACAUCGAUCUUUCUCCAUAUCAUCAGGUAUCUAGUAUUUUUGCUCCUAAUAUAUUUGACUAGAUGUUUAUAGAUGCAGUUAAUUUGGUUAUUGACACUAAGAAAAGAGGGGCUCACCAUGUUGACAUCAGAGAUAUUUUACAUGAUAGACUACCUCACCCUGGGCUAGUAUUUAUUGUCACUCACGAUUUGCUCGUCAAAGGAACGCUCUUUAUAAAUUAAUAGGCUAACAGAUAAGUAUCAUACAAUUCAGGAAAGUACCUAAAUAAGCUUUCCAGCCCUAAAGAAUCACUUCAAGAUGAAGAUUAAUGGAUGAUUGAAACUCCUCCUAUGUUUUUAGAUGGUCAUCCAUUAAAUAACAGAAUAUUACUAGCGACUUUUCCUAGAACAGGAAAUUCGUUUUUGAGAUAAUAUCUUGAAAACAUAACAAAUAUAGUGACUGGUACAGAUAUGGACUUUGCAGUUAAUUAUGAAUUAGGGUUAAAUGGCUUCAAAGGUGAAGGACAUGUUGAUGAUCGAGUUUGGAUUUAGAAGUCACAUUACCCACUUUGA